AGCCUUGUUGAGAAGAGAAGGCCCAGGCGAAAGUCAUAUGCGAAUGAAAAGGAAAAGAGAAAAUCAGAUAUUGAAUAUUCAAGAAAUGAAUUAAAGGUUCUCUUGGCACAAUUUGGGACGAAGACAAAGGUAGCAGAAGAUCUAGAAAGAGAUGUCAUAAGGCUUCAGGAAGAUAUCGAGCGUUUAUUGGCAAAAGUGACGAAGAAAAGAAAAGUUAACAAGACAAUUCAAAUUACACCACCACCACAAUCACCAACAAUAUUAAGACGAAGAUCCACGGAUUUCCUUGCCAAAAGAUCAUUUCAUGCUCAUUCGUACGUUGAGCCGUACGAGCCGGCAGUACAUGGAACUUUUGGAGUAGACCAAACUACAUCUUUUGGAUUAAUUAAUUCAAUACAAGACUUUUUUGCUGACAUAUUGAUUGGAAACCGUAGAUUCGGUGUUUCAAAUUAUGAAGGACUCGUGCCAGUAUAG